CUCUGCCAUCAGCAUUGAGUGCUCCGACCUUUUCAGUCAUCUUUAAAAAGCUGCUGGGAAGCUUCUGCAAACACACGGACACGCACUCGCUGACCUGCUGCUGAUACCGGGGCAAGAUGUUCUGCAGACGGGCACUGCUGAGAGUCGGGCCGCUGGCACGGAGGGCUUUCAAACCUACAUCCAGACAUGCAGCUCCAGUGCGACACAUGGCCUUCGGGGUUCCUGGUGGCUCCAGCAACAUGGCGUACUUUGUUUUGUGUGGAGGAGGCCUAACUGCUGCGGUCGUCUAUGCCUACAAGACGGUCAACGGUGAUAGCGAGCGCUAUGAGGACAGGCUCGCCAACAUGGGCUCCGCGGCAAAGGCUCCUGAGGCAGAGGCAGCACCAGAAGUGGCAGCUCCUGCAGCUGAACCCGCCCCGGUGGAGGAGGCGGCGCCCACCGCAGAAGUCACCGAAGAGGUGGUCGUCGAGGAGGCAGCUGCCGAGGCUGUCCCUGCUCCUGCAGAACCAGUAGCGGAGAUCGCCGCCGAACCGGUCGUUGACGCCGCGUCUGAAGAAGCCGUGUCUGAAGAAGCAGCCGCCGUGGCCUCGGAGGUGGUGGUUGCUGAGGCUGCAGCUGAGCCAGCAGUCCCAGAAGAAGCUGCUCCACCUGUAGAAGCAGUUCCUGAAGCUGUGGAAGUGGCUGCCACAGAGGAGGCCCCUGCAGCAGAGGCCCCUACAGCAGAGGCCCCUGCAGCCGAAGCCCCUGCAGCCGAAGCCCCUGCAGCAGAGAGCGCUGAGUCUAUGCCCGAUCUGCUCACAGCUGUGAAGAUCUUGGCCGGCUCCCCAGUUGAGAUUGCAGCAGCUUCUGUUGGUGACAAGAGUCUAGUGAAAGCCGUCCGGGAAAUAGAGGGCGAUGGAAGAAGUUUGGACUCCACACCGGAGGUGGUAGAGCCAGAAGUCCUGGGAGCAACCGCAGAGGUGGUAGCUAAAGAAGCGGCCGAAGAGGCGGCGGUUGUAGUGACCGAGGAGGAGCUGAAGUCUGCAGAAGCCGGUGCUGAUGCAGAAGAUGCAGAAGCUCCAGCUGCUGAACAGCUGGUUAAAGAGGAGACCUCUGCUCCUGUAGCAGCAGAGGAGACGGAGGCGGUGGCUGCAUCUCAGUCUGAGGAACCUACAACUUCAGCCCCGACAGUGGAGGAGCUGGGUGAGGAUGAGUGUGAAGAGCAAGCUGCGGUCCCUGGCGCUGCUCUGGAGGAGGCUGUCUCCUCCACAGAGGCCUCGCCUGAAGAUGCUGCUCCCGCUGAGGAAGCCACACCAGCUGUGGAGGCCGCCACUACCACCGCUGCCGCCGCUGCUGCUGCUGCUGAUCCGGUGGAUGAGACAUCAGCAGGUGAGAGGUCACCUGCGGCUGAGACAUCAGCGGAGGAGGCAGCAGCUGAAGUGUCCGCAGACGAGACACACAGUGAAGCUGCGGCUGUUGUGGACACGACUCAGCUGGCUGCAGCCUCCUCUGGGUCGGACCUGGAGGUCCUUUCAGCCGCUGACGCAGAAUCUACGUCAGAGGCUCCGGCACAGGAGGCCAAGCACUGCCACGCCUGCCACUCUGCUCCAUCAGCAGAGGAGCAGGGGGCGCCACCUGCUGCUUUGGCCAUUGAGGAAGUUGUGGAUGUAACACAUGAGGUCCAGGAGGCAGUGUCACUGGUGGAAGGACAAAAGCCAAAGGUGUCUAUCUGGAGUGUAAAAAGCUGCUCAGUGAUGUAAUAGUACAGUUAAGAAGCCACAGAGACCAUGGUGGUGGUGACAAGCCAGUUAUGACAUGACAGACAGUGUGCCUUCCACAACACUCUCUCAUCUGUCAACCGAGCCAGGACGGCUGAUGAAAACAACACGAGGACAACUAGCCACUGGUUUAACUAGCUAUAAUGUGUCCUUUUCGAAAUGUUACCAGCUUUAUUUUAUUUUUUAUGUUUCCCAUCUGUUUCCGAUCAGUCUUUAUUAGCAUUUGUGAAAUGAUUCCCAUUCUGUCACAUUGUCCUCUAGGUGCCACUGUUGCAAAGCUUUUCAUGACCAGUUUAUUGGAACAGUUUCUUUGUAGUUGUCUCUGUUGUGGUAGGCAGUGAAAGGAGUUUGUUGUUCAUGUAAUGUUGUGAUAAACUGAUUUUCAUAUAUUUGCUUUUUAAAGGUGAUAUCAAUAGUAGGCUAUAUCCAUAUUUUAAUGCAUAUCUAGUAUCCAUUUUGUAGUGUUGUUUAUGUUUUACCUUCUACAACAAGAUCAAUUAUAUUCAAGUUCCAACUAGUAUAAAUUAAUUUGGAACCCUCACUUAGUCGAUUAUAUUCAACAGUAACAUUCCUCCAAUUAUCUAUGAGUUGUAGAAAUAGUUGCCGGUGCACUGCAUGAAUGAUCAUAUAUUAACUAUAUAUCAUAACAACAUAUUAAAAAGUUAGUAUGCCAAUUGUUAUUUAGUUAAUAACGAUUUCCCUGUUGUCAUGAUAAUGUGCUUACAUAGACACUUUAAAUAAAGUGAUGUAUACAAAAUUGAA